AUGUCGAUGAUGUCACGUGCCUUCUCUGCCCUCUCAGCUAUUCCCCUUAGUGAGUCAAUUUCCUCACUUCCUUCAGACAGAGAGACAGGCCUCAGUAUCUUCAGAUUAGGUGAAGAAGUGUCUUUGUCCACAGACGAGGAGACAGGCCUCAGCAUCUUCAGAUUAGGUGGAGAAGUGUCUUUGUCCACAGACGAGGAGACAGGCCUCAGUAUCUUCAGAUUAGGUGAAGAAGUGUCUUUGUCCACAGACGAGGAGACAGGCCUCAGUAUCUUCAGAUUAGGUGGAGAAGUGUCUUUGUCCACAGACGAGGAGACAGGCCUCAGUAUCUUCAGAUUAGGUGAAGAAGUGUCUUUGUCCACAGACGAGGAGACAGGCCUCAGUAUCUUCAGAUUAGGUGGAGAAGUGUCUUUGUCCACAGACUUGGAGACAGGCCUCAGUAUCUUCAGAUUAGGUGGAGAAGUGUCUUUGUCCACAGACGAGGAGACAGGCCUCAGCAUCUUCAGAUUAGGUGAAGAAGUGUCUUUGUCCACAGACGAGGAGACAGGCCUCAGCAUCUUCAGAUUAGGUGGAGAAGUGUCUUUGUCCACAGACGAGGAGACAGGCCUCAGUAUCUUCAGAUUAGGUGAAGAAGUGUCUUUGUCCACAGACGAGGAGACAGGCCUCAGUAUCUUCAGAUUAGGUGGAGAAGUGUCUUUGUCCACAGACGAGGAGACAGGCCUCAGUAUCUUCAGAUUAGGUGAAGAAGUGUCUUUGUCCACAGACGAGGAGACAGGCCUCAGUAUCUUCAGAUUAGGUGGAGAAGUGUCUUUGUCCACAGACUUGGAGACAGGCCUCAGUAUCUUCAGAUUAGGUGGAGAAGUGUCUUUGUCCACAGACGAGGAGACAGGCCUCAGCAUCUUCAGAUUAGGUGGAGAAGUGUCUUUGUCCACAGACGAGGAGACAGGCCUCAGUAUCUUCAGAUUAGGUGAAGAAGUGUCUUUGUCCACAGACUAGGAGACAGGCCUCAGCAUCUUCAGAUUAGGUGAAGAAGUGUCUUUGUCCACAGACUAGGAGACAGGCCUCAGCAUCUUUAGAUUAGGUGGAGAAGUGUCUUUGUCCACAGACUAGGAGACAGGCCUCAGCGUCUUUAGAUUAGGUGGAGAAGUGUCUUUG